AUGCAGGGGCCACGCAAGCAGAGCCUUUACGAUGUUCUGAAGAUCGCCCGUGAUUCCAGCUUGGAUGAGAUCAAAGCAGCUUUCAAGCGCACGGCCCUGCAGGUUCACCCUGACAAGGGAGGGAGCAAGGAAGCGUUUCAGCAGGUGUACCAAGCGUUCCACGUGCUGACCAAUGCAGAGUCGCGUACGAAGUACGACCGCAAAAUCUCUGUCUCACCGGGCGAAGUGGGGAAAGAGCAGCGAGCGCGUCGCAGCACGCAGAAGGACCAGUCAACCUCCCCAAAAGCCACAAGCCCCGAGAAGUCGACUGAUCCGAAGCCAGCGAAGUGUCCAGAUGAAGCGUUGUUGAAGCAAAUCAGGGCGUGCCUGCAGAAACUCUCGCGUGAAGAUCGCUUCAAAGUGAUCUCGGAGGAGUUUUCACAGCGGCAGCGGCUACUCUUUGAAAAGUGGAUGGAGCUGCCAGAGGUCCAGCAAACCCAAGCAGCCGGCAGACCUCAAAAGCGUAGAAAGGUGCCUGUCGCUGUGAGCGAAGAGGUGAUUCGCAGCCCUGAAGAAAGGCCGCUGGCGCUGGGUGACCAGUGCCAGGCGAAGGGCCGGGGUCGGGCAAAGGUGCGUGGCAUCGGCAGCAGACACAAAGGAAACAAGAUUUUCUACUUCGCAGCUUUGGGUUUCAACAACUUCAUGAUUCGGACCAGGAACAGCGAUCUGCCAACGGCCUUGGAAUAUCUGGUGCUCCUCACAGCCUGGACUCAACGCUGCAAGGCCUGUGGAGCGCUCAACUCCGAAGAGCUGCAGCAAGCAUUGGAGGCUUCGGCGAAGGAGCACAACGUGCGGGUGGAGGUGAUGGGUUUGAAGUUCUUCGCAGAGAUGAGCCAGAACUUUUGGUUUGGACAGGGGAACAAAGUCACGUCCCCGGUGGUCCGGAGCCUGCCCGAAAUUUGUCACAUCAACGACAUCUUCAAUCGAUUUCGCAGUCAUUUCAUCGGUCGCGGACGGCGGCCCGUCUAUCUGGCGAAGCAGAGUCCAGUGCAUCUCCAGGAGUGCUUCGAGAUGUUUCAGGUGUUGUAUGCUGAGAUCUGGUCCAAGGCUGGAAUGAGCAAAGAUCAGAGCCUCGCCAGAGUCAGAAGGCUGUACGAUUCGUCGCAGCCAGAGCGAGACAAACGCAUUCAGUUAUGGGAGCUGAGAAAUAUGCAACGAGCCGAUACCACACAAGGCAUGAACGCUUUCCAGCAGAAAAGGGGCAGCCUUCCGGUUACAGACCUUGCAGACCGUUUGAAGCAAAGGCUGCUGCCCUUGUGGAAGCGAAGACUGGAUGAAAGGCGAAGACGCUGGGAGUGGAAGCGCAAGAAUUACUUGCAGAGGAGGUUGAAGGUGUUGAAGCAGCGGAGAGAGAAAGCCGAAGCCGAAAAAGUUGCGGCAGCGAAGGGUGGGUUGGUGGUGGUUUGUUGCUGGGAAGGGGGGCUCGGCCACAGCUUGCCCGAGAGCGCCUGGGUUCACGUCUUGGUCUGGUGUGGCCUUGAAGCCUUUCCAGGCGACUGCCGAGGUUGUGCGGAACCAGACGAACCCAUGGCUGCGAUGCAACUGCGAUUGCCUCGAGGAUGUGUUUGCGCCAGUUUGCAGCGUGUUGCUCGAGGCUCAUUGCUUCAACAGGCAUUGACGUCGCACGGCACGGUGCGAAUGCUGCUGGCCUUUGAACCCACGCGAUGA